AUGCCACCUUCCGACCCCAGGUCCCCCGCCGGCCCCUCAACCUCAGAGAAGCCGGAGGACCUGAGGGACAUGCUGCCCACCGAGAGGAAGUCCAUGUGGCGGACAGCAGAGGAGAGGCGCAUGUCCGACCUCACCCGGGUGGUCGAGUGGCUGGAGCGGAGGCAGGGCAAGAAGGACCAGGCCGCCCAGGUGCGUGCCGCCCGCAGGACGGACGCCACCCCCCUCCCCGGGGGCGGCCCUAAACACACCCCGGCGGCGCCAGCCCGCAAAGUCAAGGUGAAGGAAGAAAGGAAACCCAGACCCACCCAGAAGCAGAACAAACAGAGCCGCCAGGUGUCCUUCUCUGAGAAGCAGGCGGAGCCGAAGCCGAAGCCGAGCAGCAGGAAGGACAGGGACGCCGUCUCGUACCGCAGGCUGUACGGGCUGGAGGCGAAGGGGAAGCGCCUGAGCAUGGUCCCCGGCAACUACAUCAAGGACAGCCCCAGGAAAUCCGACCUGGAGCUCAGGGACCUGGCUGCCCAGGACUCCUCGCAGCGGGCAGGACCCUUCUCUCGACAAAGCCUCGCGGACUCCGUGUUUCAGGACCAGACCUUUGUGGGCCGGAGGUCCACCCUCCUGAGAGACUGGAUCGGCAAGAUGCCCGAGGCCGCCUCCUACGACCGCAGGCUGAAGAGCCUCAUCGACAAGGGCUCGGAGUCCAAGGCGGACAUCAUGAGGAUCCUGAAGCCAGAGGAGGUGCUGAGCUGCCGGUACCUGCGGCUGUCCCCGAACAACAUCCGGACGCUGGUCAAGCUGUGCAAGGACGCGGGGAUGGCCGUGGACAUCCACCCCCACAUGGUGGAGGCGGAGAUCGAUGCCAAGAAGGUGUUCUCCCAGAGCUCCAUGGUGGCCCUCUGA